ACCUUCACGCUAAUCUUAACAAAAUGGCGACUGUUGUUGUUUUGCCGCAGGGUCAGUGAAUUAAUCCGUUUAUUAUUUCAGUACAUUUCUGCCAUCUUUCACAGAAGUAGCUGUGAGAAGCGUCCCAGUAGCGCAGGGGUCGACUCCGCCCGGGCAGAAAUGAAGGGUAAAGAGCGGUCGCCGAUUAAAAAACGCUCCCGGGCCGUGGACGAUAUUCGAGAGAGGGGAGGAUGCCACCCGACCAGUAAGAAAAUGGGGGCUCUGUCGGUUUCCAGUGGGAGUAACAACGGGAAUACUUCAGCCAAAAGUGACAGUGGCUCAAUGAGACGGAGUCUUCUCGGCGAGAAAAGAGACAGAGACUUCGAUGGUCACGGUCGGACUGGAAACAACCACAGCUGUCAGUCUGCUGCUGCUGGCUCCGUGGGGAAAAACCACAGCCUGAGUUUGACUCUGGAUUUAGCCUCACCGAGGACCACGUCGCGGGUGGAGCAGCGGGUCCAGCCGCCCAGCGCCGAGAGUGAGUACAAAACGCUGAAGAUCAGCGACCUCGGCACUCAGCUGAGCGACGAGGACAUAGAAGACGGGCUGUUUCACGAAUUCAAGAAAUUUGGCGACGUGAGCGUUAAGAUCAGCCGCAGCAACGACGAGCGGAUCGCGUUUGUGAAUUUCAGAAAGUCGGAGGACGCCAGAGCUGCUAAGCACGCCCGAGGCCGGCUGGUGCUCUACGACCGGCCGCUGAAGAUCGAAGCGGUCUACAUCAACCGGAGGAGGAGCCGCUCUCCGGUGGAGAGGGACUUGUACAGCGCUGCUCAGAGCCACAGACAUUUGCAGAGACCCAUCUCGCCCACCGGGCUGGGCUACAGGGACUACCGGCUGCAGCAGCUGGCUCUGGGGCGGCUCCCUCCUCCCCCGCCGCCCCCUCUGCCCAGAGAGCUGGAACGGGACCGGGAGUUUUCCCUGUUUGAAGCCAGGGCGCGUCCAGCUUUCAUCGCAGAGCGGGCUGCUUUUCGUGAGGAGGAUUUUAUAUCUCCAGAAGAUGACCAAAGAGCCAACAGGACGUUGUUUUUAGGCAACCUGGACAUCACAGUUACAGAAGCAGACCUGAGGAGGGCGUUUGACAGGUUUGGGGUCAUCACAGAAGUGGACAUUAAGAGAUCUAUACGAGGUCAGACCAGCACCUAUGGAUUUCUGAAAUUUGAGAACCUUGACAUGGCUCACCGUGCCAAACUUAGCAUGUCUGGCAAAAUAGUUGGCCGCAACCCCAUAAAAAUAGGUUAUGGGAAAGCCAUGCCCACUACACGCUUGUGGGUGGGAGGUCUGGGCCCCUGGGUUCCUUUAGCUGCCUUAGCCAGAGAGUUUGAUCGUUUUGGCACCAUAAGGACCAUAGACUACAGAAAAGGCGACACUUGGGCCUACAUUCAGUACGAAAGCUUAGAUGCUGCACAAGCAGCUUGGGCACAUAUGAGGGGUUUCCCUCUGGGCGGACCAGAGAGAAGACUCCGGGUGGACUUUGCAGACACUGAUCAUCGAUACCAGCAGCAGUUCCUUCAGCCUCUCCCCAUAGCACCAUUUGAUAUUGUUGCUGAGUCAUUUCUCCACCGGGCCACUCCAGAACCUCUCCGCGUCAGAGAUCGGACUCCACCCCCGCUUCACUUUAGAGACAGAGAACUCUUUCCUGGCGCCGAGUGGCCCAACCCAGCUAUUCGUGAGCGGGUUCGGGCAUCACCCUUUGAGCCUCUGGAACAUUUGGAACGAGAACGGAGAACCCGAGAGCCCUGGUCUUUGGAACGAGAGCUGCAGGGACGAGAACCUGCACGCAAACGGCGUGUGCUGGAGGACGGACGUCAUCUCGACCUUUCUCCUGACAGCACUGAGAGGACAGUACGGCGGAGAAGGGCCUCUCCAGAUGGCAGUCCUGGGGGCAGCAGCAGAGAUGGAGGACGUUUCAGUGACUCAGAGCGCCCCGUGCGGGGCGAGAGAGCCUCUCCGGCACGAGAACGUCUCAGUAGCCUGGAAAGAGGCGGGACUGAGAGAAGGCCAAAAAGCCAGAGUCUCCCAGACAAAGCAUCCCUAAGCUGCACUAUUUCAGCAACUGGUGAACGAAAGAGAAAGGCGGGCGAUGGCAGCAAAGGGUCAAACAAAAGAGAACGCUCUGAAAGCAGCUUCAAGGGAGGCCAGCCAUCCAAGUCGGAUGGGACUAAACUCAGCCUAGCUUGGCACGGCAUGCUUCUCCUGAAGAACAGCAACUUCCCAGCCAACAUGCACCUGCUGGAGGGUGACCACAACGUAGCCAAUGACCUGCUCGUCGACAGCACUUCAGGGAGGCAGUUGAGCGAGUUGAAGAUCACACAGCGUCUCCGCCUGGACCAGCCCAAGCUCGACGAGGUGUCGCGGCGCAUCAAAGUUGCAGGUCCAAGCGGCUACGCCAUCCUGUUGGCUGUUCCUGGAACCACAGAGGACGCGUCCUCGGACUCUGCAGCUUCAACCCAACGUCCACUCCGCAACCUGGUGUCCUACCUCAACCAAAAGAAAGCUGCUGGGGUCAUCAGCCUGCCUGUAGGGGGCAGCAGAGAUAAAGACAACAUGGGGGUUCUUCAUGCUUUUCCUCCCUGUGAUUUCUCCCAGCAGUUCUUGGAUUCUUCAGCAAAAGCUCUAGCAAAAAGCAAAGAGGACUAUUUGGUCAUGAUUGUGGUUCGAGGCGCAUCAUGAAGUGACCAUGGUGGAAUAAAAAAAAAUUGCUGUAUGUCAGUAAAUAUUGCAUGCUGUGUGUUCUGCAUCUCUGGGUUCAGUAGUUGAUUUCUGAGCGUCCAUGUCAUCCACUAGAAGGACAAAUAGUGCUUUAAAACUCAAAGAUUAUUUAUUUUUUUGAAAUGAACUUUUAGCAGGCAAAGUAAAUAGCUUACAGUCACUAACCUGCUGUAGAGUUGUUAUAGUUUUAAGUGAUAUCUUUGAAGUUCAGUUUUAAUCUUGUUUUGUAGAAAUAAUUUGGUUAAUUUACAAGUUUAAAAUAUUAUCUUUGCCAGUUUCAAAGGGUUUUCCUCAGAAACACUUCCAGUCGAACGAGACCACGUGUUAUCAGUGUUGGAUCCUUCUCACAAAGCUGUCUCAAAAGGUCAUGCUUGUUUUUGGGUGGUUGUAUCACACCAGUCUGUACCGGUGCUGAUAUGGUUUUAACGUCCUACACGUUUAAUGGAAACAGGCCUGUAGUUAGCAGUCUUGUGCUAAGCUAAUGUCACCAAAAAUAACAGGUGAGCAUGACAGUUUUAACUUCAGAUCUUUUGAAGUGGUUUUCCAUGGAAAGGUUAUGAACAAUUAGCAUCUUACCUGUUGUAAACAAGCUCUUUGAAAUAACCUCAGUUUGGAGAAACGAGUUAGUUCUGGCAGGACUGAUGUGCUAAUGGCUAGUCACUACGAGGAUAUGACUAACGUGCAUUGCUGCAAACAUUAUUUUAUACAUUUCGACACUUUCAUCAGCUGUGUUGUGUCGUUAUUUACAUCUGAUUCUGUGGUUAAUUGGAGUUCAAAGAGCAGCAGCUACCUUUAGCGCUUUCAAGUAAAAAUGAGCAUCACUUUUAAAUUUUGGAGAUAGAAGUUUACAGAUUGUAUUACCCACUUUCACCUCAACCUGCACCUUGUCAGUAUGGUCAGAAAUAAUCUCCAUUUCUCCAAACUGAGGUUGUUUUUUUUUAAGGUUUUUGAGUCCUAAGUGGUCUGUUGCUGGCGGGAAAAAGGGUGAAAUUUGACGUUCAGGUGUGUCAAACAUCUCUUCUCCAGUAAAUCAACCACAUGUUAAAUGUUCUACCCCCACAUAUUUAUCUUUCUCAGUAAAAUGUCAUCAAGUUUAAACGAAGUGGGAUUUACUGGAAAAGAAUUGUUUUUAGUUAUUUUGAUUAACCUAACUUUUGUCUGCUUUUGUCCAAUUUUGCAAAGUGAAGGAAACCUUUAGAAACGUGCCCUUCAUUUCAGUAACUUACAUUUGUGUUAAUUUAUGAUUCGUUUCAGUCAUUGUUAGGAGUUCCACCUCAUUUCAGCAUCUAUGUGUGAAACGCUGCAUAUGUUAGAUUCUAGGAGAGAGACGAGUCUCUUAACAUGAUACAGUAAACACACUUAUCAGAUUUAAGGCCUUCCUGUGGGUUAGAGAUGAUUCUACAUUGCUAUCUAUAUAAAAGUGAAGUACUAAUGUGUGAAAAGCUUAAGUUUUUGUGCUGAUAUCUAAAGUUUGUUUUAUUUUCUUAAAACUAGUUUUCCCCCAGUGAUAAAGGUAUUUAAAAUCAAUAAACGGGUGUUAAAAAGUAAACAAAAAACAGCUGGGUUUAUGGUUUUACACUGCAAAAAAUGAUUUUCAAAUAAGUAAAAACAAACAUUGUUUUUGACAUUUUAUCCUAUUUAUAGUCUAAAAAGAAAUAAAAAGUCUAUCUGCAAAAAAUAGGACAAAAUGUCCUUAAAUAUGAUUUAAAAAUUUGUGAGUUAAAUAUCUGCUAAUGGGGUAAAUCUGUUAGAUUUAGUUGCUAGCUUUAAGAAUUCUAACGUACCGUUGGAAGAUUUUUUUUUUCUCAAAACAAGAAAGUUUGAUCAUAUUUAACUGAAUUUAGCAUUGCUUUUACAGAUUUAAACAUCUAAAACAAGUCUUAGUUGAAAAACAUUUUUUGCAGUGUAGAGUUGUUUUAACAGUAAACAUGGAGCUAAAGCGUAAAUUUAACAGUAAUUCUCUUAUGCCCGCCACUCUUUCCUGGCCUGGUUUUAGUCGCUGUACAUUUUUCAUGCUCUGUUCUAUUUUCCUGAGUUUUCAUUUCAUGUGUACUGAAAACCGACGUGCUUGUUCGUGUGAACAUCUCGUCCACUGAGACUUUGGACUUCUGAGGAGACGAAUGCAGAGCUGCAAACCUUCUGUGGAAAAAGGCACCUUAGUGUUUGUGAGGCAGCUUUUAAGUUGUGUAUCCCAUCUGCACCUGUGAUGACUUCUGUUUAAGUGGAAAAAUGUACGCUUUGAUGUCAUGGGGAAGGAAAACGCGUUGUGCCCAUGCGAAGCUGUUCACGUAACUGCAAGUGCAUUUGGGCACUUAGUGUGACCGUUUAUCAAUAAAUUGUUCAUUUGAAGGGAAAA